GUUCAAUAGUAGUGUACAAGGAGUUAGGAAAUUUGUCCUAUGAAAUUUGGGGGCGUAAAUUAAAUGGACCUUUGCCUUAACUAUCCCAUCUAUUCCAGGUUCGCUUAUUUUGCUGAUCCAUCGUUCAGCUAAUUUUUCUUAAACCCCUGCCGGUACUUUCUUAAUUAGAGAGCUUUUUCUUUUGUUGACUGAGCCACGGGAUGUCGUUGCUGGGAGACGACGGCAGGGGCUACGAGCUGGCGCGGAAGCUUGAGAGCCACGGUGUGUGGCGGUCCUGGCUUGGCGACGCCCUCUACUCCAACUUCAUCCCUUCCCUCUCGUCGCCGGCCACUUGGGAAGCUUUCAUGCGAGCCGACGACUCGAAGACGAAGUCUCAGAUCUGCCUCCAGCUUCGCGCUCGCGCUCUGCUUUUUGAUAAAGCUUCUGUCUCUCUCUUCGCUCAAUCCGGCCCCCAUGCCUCCGUUUCUAAGCUAAAUCCUAAUUAUUUGGAGUUACAUGGUGAUGAUGUGUAUUUUACUCUGGAAAAUGGUGCACAAGAUGGUGAUCAACGUCAACCAGGCUUGGCUGCAUCAAACUCUACAACAUCCAAGGGGCAUUCCAAGACUUCAAUCGGUGUUGGAUCAAGAUAUAGUGAGUCGGAAGUUGAUGCUGCGUCCCAAAGAUUUAGGCCGGAAGAAUUGCCAGAAACAUGGUAUUCUCAAUUUUUUGAGAAAUACAGGACAAGUAAAUCUUAUACAUUGAUGUUUGGAGAUAGAGAGCAAGAAAGACGAACACCUGAACAGAUGUCGAUUUAUCUCAGACUUCUCGAUAAUCACAAAAGGAGGCGAAUAGCUUUUAAAGAUAACAAUGUUACGGAUUUGCUGUCAAACUCGACAAUUGGCGAUAUUACUGCAGUUGAUGAUAUGCCACUUUUUCCCGAAACAAUGUUUACUUUAAAUUGCGUUCCUGAUAGUGCUGUUCCGCUAACGAGCGGAGUGGAGAACAGGCAGAAAAUGCCGUUCAAUGGGGUUUUGGACAACUUACCUCUGAUAUUGACCAAAAGCCCGGUUAUAAGCCCUAUUAUGAUCGAGAGGCUUGGGAUUAGACCUGAGUAUCUCAAUAUGGAACAAGGACAUCAAACUGGUGGAAAGACAGGGAACAGGAAAUUUAUUUGUCAAGAACAAGCUUCACAAAUGUCACAGAAGGUGAUAGCUCGGUUGUUAACUAAUUUGGGUUUUGAAUCUUCUUCGGACACCCCAUUAGAAGUGAUGGGACAGUUUUUGAGUUGCCAUAUCAUUAAAUUAGGAACCAUCUUGAAGCUCCUCUCUGAUAGUUAUAGAAAGCAGUGCUCCGCCACCGAGUUGCUGAAAAUGUUCCUUCAAACUGCAGGAUAUAGUAACCUGGGGCCUCUGGUGGAACUUAUUAAGGACAACACUAAGAAUGUUGUUCAGCAAACCCAGCAGCAAGCAUUAGGCAUGCAGGCACAGUUGCAAGCCCAGCAGCAACCUUCAAUGUCGAAUUCACAGCAGAUUCUAAGGCAAAUGAGUCCGCAGAUUCAGCAGAUGAAUAACCCGCAGUAUCUUGCGUUCCAGCAGCAGCAGCAAUGGGAAAGGAUGAGAAGGCGGCAACAACAGUCCACUCCUCGUCCAGGCAUGACGAUGAAUGCGAAUAUGAAUAUGAACAACCCUAAUCUAGCUAUGAACAGUGCUGGUAUGCAUAUGAAUGGUGUUAAUAUGAACGUGAAUGACAAGGAGAGGCCUCUGGCGCAAGUUAAGAUGGAAAAUCCACCCGAUUUUCCUAUGGAUGCAAACGCCUUUGCCACAAUGAAUUCGAGGCAUCCUCAGUCGCAAAAUAUGCGUCAACAACAGCUGGCCGCCAUAUCAUCCAUGCAUGCUAAUAAUAAUUCUUUUCGGCCCAUGGCACCUCAUCAAAUUCCACAAAUUCAAUCACCGAACGCUGGCAUGGCGAGGGCUCCGCCUGUGAAAGUCGAAGGAUUUCAGGAGCUGAUGGGUGGGGAUUCUUCAAUGAAACAUGACAUGGAGGAGAACAAACUGCUUUCUCCCCAAAAGUAGUUUGUGGGAUGGAUGCUAACCUGCUGUGAGUACCUUUUAAUGUGAAUGAAAUAGUUGGAUCCAAAUAUUGUUGGUCGUCACUUGUUGUAUAUUGUUUUAAUUUGUGUUGUGCUUUGCACAGUCGAACUAAUGUUUAGAUCGGUUACAAAUGUAUGCGUUAUUGGCAGCUCGUUUUCAGUCUGCUAUACUUUAAUGUAGAAAAACUACUCUGGGUAAAAUUUAAGGUUUCUAGAGACGCCAUAAACCGAGAGCUAUUGCCCUAAGGCAUGGGGGCUUCUUGUUAUGGGUCUAAAAUUUUGAAUUGUGACUUUAAUCUAUGUUUCCUACCCCAAUGAAAAGUUCGAUCCAUAAAUUAG